UAAACCGGUUAUACCCUAAAGUACUGUGACGAGGUUAGCAUCUCCAAGCUAGCUAAGUUAACGCCAUUUGAAAUGAAACAUCGUCUAUUCAUGCACAGAACGCAUAGCUAGGCAGGGUGUCUGCCCCGGAGGAUACCAGCAUCGUCCCCCUGCCUCCCAGCAUUAUGCCCACAGAGCAGGAAGCAGAGCUCUCAGAAGGGAGCCCCACUCAUGGGAACGGAGCUCUCUGGACCACCCACUCGCAGGACAGCCCUGACUGCGCCUCGCCCAGCUCGGAACUCCAGAACGAGCAUUUCUCCACUUACUUUGAAGAGAAGGUCCCCAUUCCAGACGAUACCAGUCAGGCAUGUUUCAGUUUCAGAAAGCUCUGGGCCUUCACGGGACCUGGUUUCCUAAUGAGCAUCGCCUACCUUGAUCCAGGGAACAUUGAAUCAGACCUGCAGUCCGGCGCCAAAGCGGAAUUCAAGCUAUUGUGGGUUCUUUUGGGGGCCACCAUCAUCGGGCUCCUGCUUCAGAGGUUGGCAGCCCGCCUGGGGGUGGUGACUGGCAUGCACCUGGCUGAGGUCUGCAACCGCCAGUACCCCACGGUGCCGCGUAUUAUCCUGUGGUUAAUGGUGGAGCUGGCCAUCAUCGGCUCUGACAUGCAGGAAGUCAUUGGCUGUGCCAUUGCAUUUAACCUGCUCUCCGUCGGCAGUAUCCCGCUAUGGGGAGGCGUUCUCAUCACCAUCGUGGACACCUUUGCUUUCCUCUUCCUGGACAAGUACGGUCUGAGGAAACUUGAAGCCUUUUUUGGGUUUCUCAUCACUGUCAUGGCCAUCACCUUUGGAUAUGAGUAUGUGAGGGUGAAGCCAGACCAGGGGAAGCUGCUGCAGGGCAUGUUUGUGCCCUACUGUCAGGACUGCGGCCCGGUGCAGCUGGAGCAGGCUGUGGGCAUCGUGGGCGCAGUCAUUAUGCCACACAACAUCUACCUGCACUCCGCGCUCGUCAAGUCUCGGGAGAUCGAUCGCACCAACAAGAAGGAGGUGAAGGAAGCCAACAAGUACUUCUUCAUCGAGUCGUCCAUCGCUCUGUUUGUCUCUUUCCUCAUCAACGUCUUUGUGGUGGCCAUCUUCGCUGAGGCCUUCUAUGGAAAGACAAACUUCGAUGUGAAUGAAGUCUGUAAUGCAACAGGAAGCCCACACACAGACCUCUUCCCUCUGAACAAUGACACACUGCAGGUGGACAUCUACAAAGGGGGGGUGGUGCUUGGCUGCUUCUUUGGCCCGGCGGCGCUCUACAUCUGGGCAGUGGGGAUUCUGGCGGCAGGACAAAGCUCCACAAUGACUGGCACAUACUCAGGCCAGUUCGUCAUGGAGGGCUUCCUAAAUCUGCGCUGGUCGCGCUUUGCCCGCGUGCUCCUGACCCGCUCCAUCGCCAUCACCCCCACCCUGCUGGUGGCCAUCUUCCAGGACACGCAGCACCUGACUGGCAUGAACGACUUCCUCAAUGUUCUGCAGAGCAUGCAGCUGCCGUUUGCAUUGAUCCCCAUCCUCACCUUCACCAGCUUGUCCUCCAUCAUGAAUGACUUUGCUAACGGACUAGCCUGGAAGAUUGGAGGGGGGCUGCUCAUCCUGGUGGUGUGCGCCAUAAACAUGUACUUCGUAGUGGUGUACGUCACCACGCUGAGCAGCGUCUGGCUCUACGUGCUGGCGUCCUUUCUCUGCUUCGCUUACCUGGGCUUCGUGGGCUACCUGGCCUGGGUGUGCCUAAUUGCCCUGGGUGUUUCCUGUCUGGACAUCGGCGGCAGGAUGUGCCUGGGUCUGAGGAGACGCUCAGACACAGUCCUGCUGAAUGACAUGGACAGUGGUGUAAGUGUGGAACGAUAGAAUGGAGAUGAAGACAGCAGAGGAGAGAAAUGGAGAAAGAAAGAGAGAAAAAGGGUGAGAUACCACAGCUGAAAGGACUGAUGGAGGUCCUCUGCUUGAGUACAGAACCCUGAGGACCCUUUGUCACCAGCCCAGGACAGUCUCUCUCCUUGUGCCUUACUGUAGGUGUAAAGGGACACUCCUUUUCCACUGUAAAGCUGGAACCAGGCUGGCUCAUUACACUCCUUUUCCACUGUAGAGCUGGAACCACACUAGCAUGAGCUGGGCGUGAGCUAGGUGACGCCAUACAGCAUGAUUGCCUUUCCAUUGCAUUCACAUGAUUUCAUUCCACGCGGAGUUGUGGAAUCCACCCAGAUUGAACUGACAGACCUGGACUACAUCUGCAAUUCAAGACUAACAUUUCAAGUAGACUGUGUGUUAAUUCUGCCUAUCUCUGGUUGUUUGAUGUCGUCAGCAAUAACAGCCUUGAACAUGGUACUUAACCUGAAUCGCUCUGGUGAAUUUCUAGUUUUGUAAAUGGAUGAGAUGAAAUUAAAUGUAAACUAUGCAAGACAUUGUGGAUAUAAUGCUAUAUGAAAUAUUUUUUUCAUGGCAACAUCAACAGCAUACUUAUGCAGCUUUCCAAUUGCCCACAGUGUGCCUGGUUAAAGGCCAGUUAGACAGGUAGACCAGUAACACUAGUGGGUCUGAGAUAGCCUGAUUCAGACUCUACAGUGGCAAAGGCAUGUAUGCCUUCUACACAGUCACAUUUUAAUUCGAUUCUAAUACACAUUUUAGUGCAAAUAUGACUGUUCAUGCAACUGUAUUUUUUUAACCGGGUUUAGUUGUGAGUAUGUACAGAUAUACAUGUAUAGACACGACUGAAAGUACCCACUGUGAACCGCACAAAGGUGUGAUGUGAAGUUUAUGUCUCGCCUGUGAUUAAGUACUGUUUCGGCAGUAGCCACUCACGGUAUGUCUCUCCUAAACAUUCCCUCAGGCAAAGUGAAAUCUGAUUAAUUAGGAAUUAAAUGAAGACACCUGAGUUUUAGGAUUCCAAUGGAUUUUUUUAAAACACAUUUUUAAAGAAUUCUUUUAAGUGUUUUACUUAAAAAAUUGAAUAUGAAAACACUUACCUCUUCAUUGCUGUGACAAGUAUAAAACAAUUUAAAAUGCUCUGCAAUACCUGACUAAAAUGGUAUUAUUUGGUUCCUGGAUUACAGAGCUUGUUGCACUAAAACAUGGUGGUCAUACCUACAAUGCUGCCCCUGGACAUUUUUCACAUUAUAUGAUGUUUCUGUUAUUUUUAGAGUACUUCAAUUGUUCAUUACUGAACACAGGCAUCAUUAGCUCAUCUAAUGAUCCAUUAUGUGCUGCUCUACACUGCCCUGUGUGGUUGUACUUGGAAAUGACAGUACAGCAUCUCUAGGCAGGAAGUGGAGGCUGUCUAGGCUGUAUGGCUAAACAUACUGGGGAGCCCUUGCACUACAGCUAGUAGGAUCAGCUAUGAACGUUUUCCCCUUUGCUUCAUUUUACUAGUUGUAUGUAGCUGCAACACACAAGGCCAGAUUUAAUUGAACGUUUUACCCUUACAUUUGAGUGGGGAAUUUGAAGAAGUGUUAAAACAAGUGUUUAAACCAGCUUUUUAUUACAGUUAGCUUGGGCCACAGCUGCUAGUUUACUGCUCCAGGCAUCACCGAGGCUUGUUAUUAUGCAAUCUGCAACUAUUUGAUGCUCCACUUUCUUGAAAGAAAGUCCACAUCGCCAGCAAAAUUGAAGUUAGAGCCCUUUGUGCUGAGAUUGUUGCAGCGUACAGUUAGAGACUACGCUCUUUGAGAAGCCACCUCUUGAUGGACACCACAGAGUAUGAGUCCAUAUCAUAAAGAAGCACACAUACUAAUGAAACCUGUAUACCAGGUUACUGUAGGUUAUAUACAAUUUGUGGCAUUUCAACUACAACAUUGUCAAUUUCAUUUGACCAAGGAAAAAGUCAGCCUAGGGAAAACAGUGCCUUGGUAAAAUGCAACUUAUUUUUUUAAAUAAUUCUAAGUAAAGUGGCCUUGUUUUGUGAAUAACUAUUAAUAAUCACCAUACAGAAUUAAUGUGUAGGAUCCCCCUCAGGCACAUAUCUUUUGGUAUCAGCAAGAACAAGCAGAUGUUUCUUUUUAAAUGGUGAGAAUUCUUUUGUGCCCAUGCAUAAAACUGACGUGUAUUAGAUGUUUUGUUUUUAAUGGGUAUGUUUUGUCCAUAUGGUGUCAUGUAUUGUAAACAAACUAUUUUCAAUGAACAAAUGUUAUGGGUUUAUUGUUGUAGCAUCCUGUAGAGAGAGCAUUGCCAUGUUGGGAUUGUGUUGUUUGUUUUAUGAAUCGACUUUGUUUCUGCAUAUUGUUUCAUUAAUACUAUGAUCAUGGAAGUGAAACCAACAAAAUGUGGUGUAAAUAUUUUAAUUGUAGUUUAAUAUAUUGUAAUUGUAGUCAUUUUAAUAGUAACAUGUAUCUGUAUUUGUUAUGAACUAAGAGCAAUGUAUUUAACACACUUCAAUCUGUAAAUGUAAUGCUG